AAGAAGAAGAAGAGUGAUGUUUGUUGGGUCGAAGGCAUUGAUACGCCAUUAUUUUUCAUCUAAACUUAGAAUGGCUAGUGAGAUUUUGGGCAUCUGAGGCCUAAUCUACGCGACAUUGAGGUUAAAAUAAACGCGAGUGAAAAAGCUGCGAGACAAUUUUAUUUCGUGGAAAUUUUGGGUGAAGGGUGACAAAGGCAAAGCAAUCUCUGCAAAUUCAGGAAGAAAACAAAAGAAGAAACUAAGAAAAACAGAGAUUACAGAGAAAAAAGGCGUCUUUGAACCCAGGAAGAUCCUCUCUAUUUUGCCACUCGGGACCUCUUUUCAAGCCAUCUGUCAAUCUCGAAAUUGCGGAGGAGCUCCUGAAGGAACAACAACAACAAGAAAAAAAAGUGUUUAGUGUUAUGGCAUCGCUGCUGGACGCAUUUGACACUAUUUUAGCUGAGAAUCCUUCUCCACCCAUUGCCACCCUCACCACUCAGCACUUUGCCGACAAUAAUCGCGAUCCGACUGCUACGAAUCCCUCUUCUGCUGCUUCAUCAAUUGCCGCAACUCCGGGUGCCGCCGUGACGAGCCCCCUGGGCACCACUCCGGCCACCGGAGGUGACCUACUCACCUUCCCGUCGCCACCAAACGGGGACGCUGUUGCCAAUAUGUUUGCUGAUUCCUACGGCAGCGAUCUUCUCAACGAUCACGGUGGCUCCUUGGAAGAAAACAACUGUCUCUCUAAUGGUCACGAUCAGGACUGCAAAAUUUGCCAAACUAAAUUAAAAUCACCUCGAGUAUUAUCUUGUCUUCAUGUCUUCUGUGAAUUAUGCAUUGCAAAACUGUGCGCAAGUGACCCAACUCUGGGAUACACCGUGGAAUGCCCCAAUUGCAAACAAAUAACUAAGAUUGGUGCCAAGGGAGUUGCUUCAUUGCACUGCGAUUACGUUACGACCAAUAUACUUGAUUUGUCCAGCAUCGAGUUGCGUGUACUUGCGUGCACAUCGUGCAAGGGGAAGGAGAAUGCGAUAUCACGAUGCAACGAUUGCGCCAAUAUUCUCUGCGCUAGCUGUGAUAAUGCCCACCAAUCGAUGAGAUGCUUUGAGAAUCACAAAGUGGUGAAGCUGGAGGAUCUGGUUAAGUCGUCAUCCAGCGAAAAGAUGGCCAUACAUAAGCCACUGUUCUGCACAACGCACGCCACGGAGAAUCUCAAGUACUUCUGCUUCAGUUGCGAAGUUCCCGUGUGCAAUGAAUGUUUGAUUGCUGAGCACAAGGGAGCUGAUCAUGUCUAUGAGAUUAUCAGUGAUGCUGAAAAGUGCGUCAGGGUGGAAGUUGAGAAUCUGAUGAAGGAGGCCAAGGGAAAGGUUGACUACUGCGAUCAGGCUGCGUGUCAUCUUGGGUCGGCUCUCAAUGAGCUUCAGACGCAGCAUGAUGUAGCCAGGGAUUUGAUUGAGGAGUCCUAUCAGAGUUUCAAGGCUGUCCUGGAAAAGUGCCGGGAUAAUGCUCUGAAGGAACUCAAAGUGCUCCAUUCGGAGCGUGAGCUCAAGAUAAUGGAUGUGCUGCACAAUGUUGAGAAGUCAGUGGAGAAGAUUGAGAAUGCCUGUAAGUUCACGAAACGUGUACUGGAUCAGGCAAAUGCCCCAGAAUUGCUGAGCCUCAAGAAAUUGAUUGGAUGUCAAUUUCUCAAUUUGGUCAGCACAACGCCCAAGGCCGAGAGUAACUACUCGUUGGAGUUCAAUUCGAACUUUGACAAAUUUGAACGAGUGGCUCAGGAGUCUUUUGGGAAGUUUCACACUGAAUCUAGUCCGGUGAGUCCGAAGGAGUGUACUCCACCACCAACAUUGCCGGGAAUGCCACCAAUUCUGGUCAGUGGCAAUCAACAUGGAUCCCAGAAUGGAUGCAAUAGUAGUCAGGGAGCACUGACGGGAUCUGUGACGGCUAGCAGUCCAAUUUCUCUGCCGACAUCCAUGCAAUCGUCCUUCGAUGGGGACAUUUCGGGGUUGGGAAAUGGAAGUGGAAGUAGUGCUGGAAGUGGAUUUGGAAUGCCAGCAAAUGUCUUGACGCCCGAAUGCUCAACGGUUGUUGUUCCCAAUGGAACUGCCCCACCGCCAGUGUCAACUGUUGGCGGUGCAAGUGGUCCAACUCCUGCCCUUCCUGGUCUCACACGUAUCGCCGAGUACAAUAUCCAUCAAUUGGCCAAUUUGGUGGAACAUGCAGAUCUGGCUGAUCCCAUCAUUCCAUCAUCCAAUCCUAGCCCUUCUCCCCAAUUCACUCUGGCCGAUGUUCUAUCCGGCGAUCAGAAUGCAUUCAAUAAUCUUCAGGCAUUGGCUAAAUUGGGCCUCAAUAAUCCCGGUAUGACCAAUAACAGGGAAAAUGCCCAGAAUAUUGGUCGAAUUGGAUCUAAUUGGAACAUUGCUGGGAAUUCUCUGAUUUCCCGUGGACCAUCUCCGGGCGUAGACAAUAUUCUGAUCAAUGAAUUCGCUGGGAAUUCCAUCAUGCCCAAUGGGACAUCAAUGUCAUCCUUGAGCGAUGAUCUCACCAUUUCCAACUUUCAGUCAUCAAUCAGUGUACCAGGGCGCUCGAAGGCAACCCCAAUGCAGAUUAGGUGCAAAUUUGGCUCACUUGGUGCAUCAAAGGGACAGUUCAAUUCACCUCAUGGCUUCUGCCUGGGCGUCGAUGAGGAGAUUAUUGUGGCUGAUACGAACAAUCACAGAAUUGAGAUUUUCGAGAAGAACGGAGCAUUCAAGUUCCAAUUUGGUGUUCCGGGAAAGGAAGAGGGACAAUUGUGGUAUCCGAGGAAGGUAGCUGUUAUGCGUCCAACUUACAAAUUUGUUGUGUGUGACCGUGGCAAUGAACGCUCACGAAUGCAAAUAUUCAACAAGACUGGACAUUUUAUGAAGAAAAUUGCCAUUCGCUACAUUGACAUUGUUGCUGGUCUCGCUGUUACAAAUCAAGGACACAUUGUUGCUGUGGACAGUGUCUCCCCAACUGUCUUUAUCAUAACUGAGGAGGGAGAUCUUGUGCAUUGGUUCGAUUGCAGUAAUCAUAUGCGCGAACCAUCUGACAUUGCCAUUAGUGGCAAUGAUUUUUACGUGUGUGACUUCAAAGGACAUUGUGUGGCUGUCUUCACGGAGGACGGCACAUUCAAGUAUCGUAUUGGCAAUGAGAAAGUCACAUGCUUCCCGAAUGGAAUUGAUAUUUCAGACGCUGGAGAUAUUUUGAUUGGGGACUCUCAUGGAAAUCGCUUCCAUGUUGCGUGCUUUUCUCGUGAAGGAGUUCUACAAUCAGAAUAUGAGUGUCCCUAUGUCAAGGUGUCACGCUGUUGCGGACUAAAGAUCACAUCUGAGGGUUACGUGGUAACGUUGGCCAAAAAUAACCAUCACGUUCUUGUGUUAAACACACUUUAUAUCCAGUGAUUGUCGCGGAAGGAAGAAUUCUCAAACCAAAUCGUUAAAACAUUUUAUUGAUCUCUUCGUGUUUAUAUUAUAAUUUUUACUUUUUUUUAUUACCUUCACCUUCAAUGCAUUAUUAUUAUUAUUAUUAUUAUUAUACAGAAAGAGAAAAAACAACAAAAUAUUUUCCCCUUUUUAAUUCUUAUAUGAUAAUAAUAUCUAGGGAAAAAAAACUUUUUUUUUUGUCUUAGAUUUAGAUGCUUCUACAUUUUUUUUUAUUAGAUGUAAUUAAUAGAAAAACCUCAAAUGGAAAAGAUAGAAACUAUUUUUCUUAUUUUUUUCUAAAACAAAAAAAAGAGAAAAGAACACAAAUGAGUCAAUUUUAGAAACAAUUACAUUUUAAUGUACGUCUUAAGAUAUUUAUUAUUGAACACGAUUGAAUCGCGUUUUCUUGUUGUAGUGAGGAAAGAAAAAAACAAAGAAGAGAAGCAAAAACAAACAAAAAUUAGGAAAGAAAUGAAGAAGAAUUGACUGGUUCCAUUUAAUGAAGGAUUUGUCUAAUGAUACGAAUAACGCGCACUGUUUUUUUUUAAGUGUUUUUUGUCGACUCUUUUUUUUUUUUUAAAAAAACCUUCAUCUCAAAUGCUAUUAUUAAUAUUUAAAACAUUCACAAUGAAAAAAGAAGAAGACAAUUUAUGAUGAAAUAUGUUCAUGUAAAAAGAAAAUUUGAAGUUUUUUUUUUGUUAUUUUUUUGUCAUUGUAAUUUUUUAAAAAUAUAAUACGAUUUUACUAAAAAAAACAAAUAUAUGACUGAUUUAUGUUUCUAUAUUAAAGUAUAAUUAUGUAAUAAUUGUUAUUCAUUUUUUUUUAACUCAUGAAUGGAAACGACAUGAAAGAAUUUUAUUUUUAUUUUUUCAAAUAAUGUAAUGAAAAAAAAAGUCAACAUGAGAAUUUAUGCAAUCAAAGAUGCUACAUGUGAACGGAACCGGUCUAAAUAGAUGUUAAUAGUGUAUUUUUUAUUGACACUAGAAUUUUAUUUUGAUAGAUUUUGUCCUCUCGUACUGCAUUCUCCUUUUUUUUUUAUAUAUAUUAAAAUUAAUCUAUAAGGUGUGAUGAUUUUUGUGUGAUGGAAAAUUUUUAGGAAUUUCUACAGAGCAAAUUAAAAAAAAUAUAUUUAGUUUGUAAGUUUAUUCUAUUUAAAACCUUAAAUUGUUGAAUUUGGGUGUUUCUUCACAUGCUGAUUCAAUAAGUUUUGGGACCCCUUCAGAUGAGGGUUUAAUUCCAUAUUUUACAGGGUGGUAGGAUUGGGUUUCUUUCGUAAGUUCCAAUUGAAAAUAAUUUUAAGCCACGCCCCUUUCAGGAGUCAUAACCAAAUAAAAGUGAAAUUUCUUAGAGAAGUCAGAUCUGCAAAUUUAAUUGUGGACGAAAGAAUUAGGUUUCCUCCCUUAGAAAAUUUAGCCACGCCCUUCAGAAGACUUUGGCUUUGAUUUCUUUGCCUUCUUUUUACCAAAAUCGUAGACAGAUAAUCUAUUUUGAUAGAUCUUUUUAUAAAAUUCAAAACACAAUCAAAACACAAUCACACAAAAAAUUAAUUAAAUAAAAAAAUAUGUAGAAAAAACAGUAAGUAAAAAACUUAGCCACGCCCCUAUUAGACCAUUUUGCAUUCUAUAUAAAAAACACAUAAAAAUUUUCAUAGAAUAUUUACAUGAAUAUUUAUAAUUAUUAAUUGCAAAAAUAAUUAUUCUAAAAUCACAUAAUACAGAUUACCGGAAAAAUUUAUCAUGGAGCGCUACCUUCCUUUUAAAGCCCCGCCCCCUUAUUUUGUAUUCUACACACUUAAAGUCACAAAUUUUAUAAGCAAUAAUGGCAAUGGAAAAAACAAAAUUGGUACAAAAACUUGAUUGAAAGCGAUACGGAGCUUACAGAAAAAACACCACGUCCCUUUUGAUGCUUUAUCAUACUUGUUUGCUUUUAUCAGAAGUCUUAAAUUUUACUCGCAAUAUUGAAUAUUCAGAGUUUGAUUUUCUAUUCGAUAAAACAAGAAAAUUCCCUUUAAAACUUAAAAUAUUCCUUGUGCAGUCCCCGCCCACUUGUUUACAAUGGACCAAGUGUAAGUCUUAAUUAAGGGAUAGCUCAUAAGUCAUAAGAGAUCAGAGUGGCUUGAGUUCCAGGUUCACUGAAAAAAUAUAAGGGAUUCCCAAGCUCUUUUUGAGAUCCCUGAAAAAAAAAUACAAAAAAUCGCAUGGAUUCCCCAAAAAAUUGUAUUUGUUCCCGGGUUUUAGGUGGAUUCCCUGAAGAAAUGUAUGGGUUUUCCGGGUUUCUUGAAAAACGGUCUGGGUUUCUAGACUCCCCGAAUCCCCUGAAAAAGUACGGGUUGCCUGGAGAAUCGUGUUUGUUCCCGGGUUCCUCAUGGGGUCCUUGAAAAAUUUUUGGAUUUCUUGGGGAACCUUAAAGAAAUGUGAGAGUUCUCCAGGUUUCUCGGAAAACGGUCGGGGUCUCUAGUUUCACCGAAUCCCCUGAAGAAUGUACGGGUUGCCCGGAAAAUCGUGUUUUAUCCCGGGUUCCUCGUGGGGUCCUUGAAAAAUUUACGGGUUUCCUGGGUUACCUUAAAUAAAUGUGAGGUUUCUCCAGGUUCCUCAAAUAACGGUCUGGGUUUCUAGACUCCCCGAACCCCCUGAAAAAUGUACAGGUUUCCUGGAACAUCGUGGGGUCCCUGAAAAAUUUAUGGGUUUCCCGGAUAACCUUAAAAAAUUGUGAAGUUUCCCCAGGUUACCGGAAAAAUUAUAUGAGUUUCUAGGUUCCCUGAAAAUUAUGGGUUCUCCUGGUCCCAUAAAAACGUGUGGGUUCCCAUGGUUCCUCGUGAGUUCCUCGAAAAUUGGUAUUUUUUCCAGGGUUCCCCGUGGGUUCCCUGUAAAACGUAUGGCUUUUCCGAUUUUUUUUAAAGAAAUGUGAGGGUUCAGGUUCACUAGAAAAUUGGACGGGUUCACAGGAUCCCCAGGUUCCUUUAAAAAUUAAGGAUUUCCCAGGAUCCCGGAAAAACAUAGGAUCCUCGAGUUUCGCAAAAAGAAAUCGUGAAAAACGUAUGGGUUCCCAAUGCACCCCGCGACUUGCUCGAGAAAGGGUAUUUUUCCAGGGUUCCUUGAAAAAACAUAUGACUUUCCCGGCUUCCUUUGAAGAAAUGUGAGGGUUCCUCAAGUUUACUAGAAAAUUGCACGGGUUCCCAGAAUCCCCAGGUUCCUUGAGAAAUUAUGGAUUUCCCAGGAUCCCGAAGAAACAUGGGAUCCUCGAGUUUCAUAGAAAAAAUUUGUGAAAAACGUAUGGGUUCCCAAGGUACCCCGAGAGUUCCUCGAGAAAAAGGACAUUUUUGGUCCAAGGUUCCUUGAAAAAACAUAUGACUUUCCCGGCUUCCUUUAAAGAAAUUUGAGGGUUCCUCAGCUUCUCUAGAAAAUCGUAUGGGUUUCCAGGGUCCCUGGUUUCCUGAAAAAUUAUAGGUUUCCCAGGAUCCCGGAAAAAACACGGGUUCCCCGAGUUUCCAAAGAAAAUAUUACGAAAAGACGUAUGGGUCCCCAAGGUUCCUUGCGAGUUCUUCGAGAAAUAGUAUUUUUCUAGGGUCCCAUGAUUCCCGGAUUCCCUCAAGCAAAUAUGAGAGUUCCUCAGAUUCCCCGAAAAAUUGCAUGGGCUCGCAUGUUCUCCAAGGUCCCUGAAGAUUAGUGGGUUCACCGGGGAUCCCUGAAAAAUAUCUGGGUUUCCCGAGGUUCCUGAAAAAACGUGUAGGUUUCUCAGGUUCUCUGUCAGUUCCCCGAAAAAUUGUGUUUGUUUCCAGGUUGCUCGUGGAAUCCCUGAAAAAAAAAUGUAUAGGUUCUCCGUUGAUUACCAGGUGUCUCUGUGGGUUUCUUGAAUUUCACGUGGAUCCUCGUGGCUUCUUUGGCUAGUUUUGCCUUGAGGUCCUUGAAAUUGGUAACCCUUUCUUCUUAAUUAUUAUUUGUAUGUAUGCCUGAAAGUAAGAAAAAACCGAGGAGAAAAUUAGGCUGCAUCAUGCCCUAAAAGGCAGGCCUACUUGCUUGAUUUGUCUUCUCAAAUAACUCCUAAUUUUAAUCCACUUUUUUUUUACAAAAAUUUACGUUAUUUUAUUAUAGGCGGGGUCUAUUUAAUAAUGCAUGAAUUUAUACUUCAUUUGGUCAAUGUUCCUAAAGGGGGCGUGGCCUAAAAUUAUUUCAAAUGGCACUUAUUCAAGAAAUUCAAUAUUACUUCUCUGAAACUAUAUGAGAUUGAACCAAAACGAUAUCCUCAUCUGAAGUUAAGCCUAAGUUCUAUUAAACGACGAAUAAAUGGGGAAACGCGUAUUCAAGUCUUCAUUUUUAUUUGUCGCAUUAUUUGAAAUGUCAUGACACGCUGUACCAGAAAUUUUUACAAUGUGUGUUAAUUUUUUAUUUGUUUUUUUUUUUGGUAUUAAUAAUAAGUAGGAGAUAUUUUACAAACCUGAUUAAUUGUUAACGUUACUGGGUAAGAAUGUAUUUUUAUUGUUUUUUUUUUUAAUUUUAAAUUUUUUUGAUUGACAACUAAAUUAAAAGAAAAAAUGAAAAGAAAAUGAAAUAAGACGGAGAAAAAAAAAGAAGUAAUGUAUAGCUGAAAACAAUCCAAAGUAUAUAUUUGAUGAUAUUUUUUGCCUUAAAUUUUACAUAUUAUAACAUUAUAAUAAGGAGUAUUUUACUAUAUAUUUAUAUAUUAUACAUAUACAUUGAAGUACGAUACAUAACGCUUUUUCGAGAAUUUUCAGUGAAUGUAUAAUUUGAAUAAAUUAGAAGACGCGAUGAGAAAAUAAAAGGGGUACGGAAAAAAAAAUCAUCAAGCGAAGUUAUGUUGAAAGAUAUUUAUCAAUACUAUUUAUAGAGAAAAAAAAAACAAAAACAAGAAUUAAAGAAUAAAUCUGAUAAUGAAAAGAAACCCAAUGAUUUACAAAUUUACACUAAAUACACAUCUUGUAAUUAAAUAAAUAGUAAACGAUGAUGGGACGGCAUGAAUGGAAUUAUUAGGAAGCAAAAAAAAAUGAAUAUUAAAAAAUAGCGGUAACUUAAUAUUGAGAGAGAAACAUGUUAUCAACAAUUUAAAGUUCCUCAAAGAUUUUAAAGAGUCUAAAUAAUUGCUGAUUUUUUUUCUAUAUACAAAUUUUUAAUCUAAUUAAUAAAAACUUCCAUUUUUCAAUCACUUGUAUUAUUUUUUUUUUAUUAUUUUUUUAGUUUUCUUUUUUAUUGAUUUUUUUUAUAACUUUUACUGCUAUUAUGAAUAUUUAAAAAAAAGAAUGAACAAAUAUUUGCACAACAUUUUUUGUCCUACUUUUAUUUCUUUUCGAAUUAUAAAGACGUUCAAUUGAUGAGAGAUAAGCUUUUUUGUGAUUUUUCUAAUUAAAAAAAUAAAUAAAAGAUGAAGUAAAAUAAAACAAAAAUAUACCAGAAAAUAUAAAAAAGGGUAAUAGGAUGAUCGUAGAAGAAAACUGUGAAGUCACGGUGAAUAAUUACAAUAAGAAAUUGAUGAUGAAAAAAACUCCGUAAUAAUUCUUAAAAAAAACUUGAUUAAAAAAAUAUGUGUAAACUUAAAGGUGAAGCUAAAAUGAAAUUAUAUUUAAAAAAAAAUAGACUUAUGCUCAGGUUUAUAUAUUCAUAAAUUUAGCCAGUGAAAAUGAAAAAAAAUGUGUAUGUUAGAAAGAAAAAAUUUUGGCGUUGACAUUUUCGACCAUAUUAUGGUGUAAAUAGUGAAAAAGUCUUAAACUUAAGCAGCAAAAUAAAAGAAAAAAACUGAUUUUAGAAAAAAAAAGAAAACCCUCUGGUUUCAUCAAAAGAAAAAAUUAUAUUUCGAUUUAAUUUUCUCUAGAAGAUAGAAAAAAAAGAAUGUGAAACUCGACUACAAUAUCCUAAAAGAAAAAAAACAAACAUUUACAAUUUAAUGAAACAUAAACUUUAAAAAAAAUUAUUUAGAAGAUAGAGAAAAGAACUACAUAAUAAGGUAACUCAUAAUGUCACAAUAUUUCAUAGUGAGAAAAACAACCAACAGGAAUAACAAAAGAACUAGGCACUGCAAAGAGAUUAUCAAUAUAGUCACAGCGAUGAACACGUAUUUAAUAAAAAAUUAAUAAUAAUGAUACAGUGCUAUAUAAAUGAUAAACUUCAAUACAUUUUUUUCUCUCUAGUGGUAUUACAAAAAGUAUAUUUAAAAGAAAAGAUCCAGUGAAAAUGUAUUUUAAAGAUUUAUGCAGCGCGCACACGUUUUAAAUUUAGUGGAUUUCAUUCGAAAAUAGAAAAAAAGAAUUCAGCACAUUGCCAAUUUGUGUGGAACCUGAAAAUUCAAUUUACGUUCCACAGAUUCACUGGCUUUCUGGAAACUAAGUCUGAACAUAAUUAAUUCUCCAUGGAAAACAUGGGCUGCUGGGUCAAUUGUACGCAUGAUACCGUUUUUAAAGGCUCGUAGUGAGUCGAAAACGAGUUGAAGUGCUCAUGGCAAUUGGUUGAGAUCAGUGGCAAAGACAAUCAGAGUCAAUGUCCACAUAGCUCAGUUGGUAGAGCAUUCGCCUGGGUGAAGGCAGGCAAUUUUUCCUCUCCCUGGGUUAAAAAAAAAUCUUGGUAUUACGUACCAAGCGAAAAGAAGCCUGUUCAAUCACUUUCAUAAGUCUGAACACGACUCAAUUUUGAGUGUUCCACAAAACAAGUUCCAAUUGGGAUGUCACGACUGUGGAACACGUGGAACCUAUUAAAUCUUGAGUCCUGGCCUCCUGUCCGAAAUUCGAAAUUCUACAGUAUUUCAUUUAGUUUCAGAACACUUUGAAGAAGAUGACAGCAAAUCAAUGCGCUAUCUAAACGUCAAACAAAUUACCUUCUUGGACUUGUAAUAAGACCUUCCUUAUUUGAUUUAACUCAUCUCAUUACACAUUCCUUUAGUUUAGAAUUUGUUUAAAGGCUUCGAUUAGUUCAAUACAUUUUUCAAUACACUGUUAAUUCAAGGCGGUGUCUCCUUCCCAGGGCCAGCGCCUCUGGUGGUAGAGGAGAUUGCAAUAAAGUUAAUUAAUCCUAAAAUCUCUGGCAUAAGACAGAAAAGCCUUUCCAACUGGCCAAUGUUCCCUAGUUUUUAAAAUAUGGGUGCGAAGAGUCACAUUUAUUGAGAAACAUAGGAAAAAUUUAGUCAUUACGAAGCUUGGGAUCGUAUGAAGCAUAGGCACUUUUCCUUAUUCCAUUUUCGGAAUUCUGAGGGGCAAUUCACGAAAGUAUCCAGACAAAAUUUUGACUGGUUGCUGCCUGUUUUCCAUGAGGCGAAUUUCGCCUUCCCGUUAAAAGGCGCGUCUCCUCGCUAAAAAUGGAGGGCGAACAAGGGUUUGGGUCUUGUACCUGCUGGAAUUUCGGGAUGUAUCCAGACAAUUUUACCCUCCAGCUCGAGACUGGAGGGUACGAUUUCUUUUACUAAAAUCUUAUGAAAAAAAUAUUUAUUUGCAUUAUUUUACUUAAGUAAAGAUGCCCAGACACAACAAUAAUAAGGAAUUAGUGAAUUUUAAAAUUUACUAAAUCUAAAUCUAAAAAAAUGGGUUUUGGAAAAAUGCAGAGAUUAAAGGAAUUCUUAUUUAGGGAUUUUAGAUUCUAGAUUUUUUUAUUGGUAAUACGAUUUACUUCGGGCCUAUAUUUUCACUAAGUUACGACUUCUACAAUGAUAUAAAAACAACCCUAUUUGUAAUAUCAAAUUAACCCUCUCAAGACCACCAUGUGGCAAUAAAUGCAUGCAUCAAAUACUAAAUUUCCAACGUUUGAAGUAACAUUUACCAUGUUUAUGGACAAAGAAUAAUAUUUUUAUUAUCAGAAAAAAUACAAUUUUUUCGAUGCUACUAUUGAGAGGUAAUUGCAUUAUUGCAAUAUUUAUUUUAUUUUGUUUUAUAUAAAACAAUAUAAUUGUACUAUUCAAUCUUUAACAAACUUCAUCAAAAUAUAAAUAAUUUAUAUUGGUAUUUUGAAAAUUUUCCUCUAUUUUAAAAUGCUUUGAAUUCCUAAAAUAUUAUAACGAUUCAUAUAUUCCAAUUUUAAAUAAGCGCCAUCUGCCACUUGGGUUUUGCCUACUUUUCAGCGAUAAAGACGGAGGGAAAAAUGCUUUAAUAGGGUUAUUACACUUUUCACCACACCAAAUUUGUCUCCGCUAUAUUCGCCGUCUCGUCAAUUUUGUCUGGAUAUUUCGUGAAUUGCCCUUCUGAACUACCUAAUUCAAAUUCUGAACUAUGAUAAAGAGUGUUAGGGUCACGGGCCCAUGACAUUAAGGUUAACAGCCUAUGUCUGUUGAUCCUCCGUCAAUUCAGAAAAAUUUUUGGGUUCGAUCCCAAGGUGCUCGAAUGCAAGAUUCUGAAUUUGAUUCAGCCACCUCGUCCUGGGUCUGUCCCGAGGUCGAGAUCUCCUCACAAUGGCUUGCAUAGCUUUGCUGGGGAAUCUUUCUUCCUUCAUGCAUUGAAAAUGAUUGUACUAUCGAUGUUGUGACCUCUUAACUCGAAGAAGCAACUCCUAGACUCUUUGCUUCCCCCGUUUUUAAUUUUAUUAAUUUGAAUAAUGUCAUUUGACUGUCUUGAGGGAUGUCAAAUUAAUCAAUUUAAAUUAUGAGAGGUUAUGUAAUUUUUUAAUUCAAAAUGGCGGAGUGUUCCGAAAGUGCUAUAAAAUUCAAACACUAUUCCGUUGUUUUCCGAACAGCCGUUAAUAAACAAUUCUUAACAAAUCCGCGAUUGUAGUUUAGGUAGUUUAGGGCUUCUCCUUAGGAUCCCUCGCGGUAUAUAACAAUUCAAAUAAAUUUUGUUGUCUUUCUGGAAUAGGUCUUGCUUUUAAGGCUUGAUUGUUGUAUUAGGCCAGUUUACGACAAAAGGUUUUUUGAUGUUUUUCUUCAUGCGGUUUUUGGGAAGCCGGCGGCAGCCGUUUGCUCGUGCUUCAUUUUACCUUGAAAUUGUUCAAUUACAGAGUUCGAAUUUCUUAAAUAUAAAAUAACAUUGAAGACUCUGACUCUGACAAUCGGUUAUUUUCUUCUAAUGUUAUUCACCCGAUAGCCGAAUCGGUAAUUUCCAUUGGAAUAUCUUGGAAGUUCGAAAAUUCCAGUAUCCACAUCCUAAAGUUUCUGUGGAACGUAUUUGAAAGAGAAAGAAACACAAUUUCCACUAAAUAAAAAAGCUGUACGCGUUCCAUAAAUUCAAAAGGAAAAUGAAUUUUCAGCGUUAAAGGAAAUUGAAAAACAAAAAGAAAACAUCAAUCAAUCAACACCAAUCAAAUUUAUCUAAUAACAAUAAUGUGGAAUAAUAAGAAUAAAUAACGACAUGGAGAAAGUGAAAGACCCUUUUUUCAAAAUAUCCUCAUAACAUAUAUUUAUUCGUGUUGAUGUUUAUACAAAACAAAAAAAAAUUAAACAUUUCGACAAUUUAUAAAAUAAAAAAAAAUAAACAUAUUGCAUCGCCCAAGAAAUGGAAAAAAAAAUGAAAAUGUAGUGAAAUUUUGCUAGAAAUCUUGUAAUGUUGUAUUUUACAUAUCAAAGAUAAGAAGAACAAAGAUGAAAUUUAUCUAAUUAUAGAAUGUCAAUUUAAUAAAAAAAAAAAUGAAAAAAAGAUUAUGAAAAAAGGUGUUUUUUGAAACUGAAAGAAAAACUAUCCUAAAAAAAAUCUUUCUAAAAGAAGAAAUUCUAUUAUUUCUUCAUUCUCCAAAAAUAAAAACUUUGUGAAUUUCUUCUAUUUAUCAGUGUUCAAUUUCUGAAACAAAAUGAUAUUAAUAUUAAAGCAUGGAACGAACUUACUUGCAGGAUAAGUGGGAGAGUAAAAUUUAAUAUAUAUAUAUAUAUAAAAGUAAAUUGACAAAAAAAACAAAAUAGUGCCAUUAUUUUUUUCUUAAGAAUAUCGAUGUUUAAUAUUUUUUUUGGAGGAGAGAGAGAGUAGUUAGUAAGGAUACUAAAUAAUUUAAUAGACCUACGGAUUGUGUAUUUCUUCGGACUUUUUUCUUAUCCAAAAUGAUGAGUAAGUAAAAUAAGAAAAUGUGCAAAUAAGAAUCACAUGGAAUACCGUGAAAGAACCACAUAAUUUUAAUUUCUGUAAUACACGUGAAAGUGAGAAAGAGAAGAAAAAGAUAUGAACAUAAGCAAUAAUGAAAAAAAUAUUUACAAUUUUUCUUAUGUAAAUAAUAUUAAGUGUUAAAAAGUGUAGGAGGGGGAUUUACUAAAGAAGAAGAAAAAAUAAGAAUAUUAAGAAAAAAAAAAUCAAACUUUUCCUAACCAACAGUUUUAAAAAUAAACAAAAGACACUGUAGAAAGUGUUUUGUUUUAAUAAGAAAAAUUUAUUGUUAGGGAGUGAAAACAGGUUCAAUCUUGCUAGAAUUUAGUGUAUGAAUUUUUGAAAGUAAUUGAGAAAAAAAACUAGUAUGGCAGUUAUACUUAAUUUAGAAAAGGGAUUUGUGGGCAAAAAAAACAUGUUUUAGUAUUUAAUUUUCUUUUUUUUUUACUAAAAAGAAAAAAACAAAUUCUAAAGAAAUUGUUACCGUAAAAAUAUUUUAGUUUUUACAAUUUUACAAAAAUGGAAAAAAAACCAAUGCCUAUUCCUUGCAUUUCAUUUUUUUCGAAAUUAACUUCGAAUCUCAUUGAAAUUUACAGAAUUCUUCCUCUUCCAACUUUUUUGUUUUCGAAAUGUAUUUAUGUUGCUUCGGUUUAAUUGUUCAUACGAUCAAAAUGACAUAUCAAGAUAUACGCUUCCCUUUUUAUUAACUCUAAAAUAUUCAAAGAUAUGAUAUUGACGGUUUCUGUCUAUCUAUAGCUAUGUGAGAUAAAAAAAAAACUUGUAUAUUUUUGUUUACAAACUCAGUGCAAUUAUUUUCAUUCUAAACAAUCUUAUUUUGUUAUUUAUUCUAAGGUUUUUUUUUAGUACCGAAUCUCCCACAAUUUUAUAGAAAAACUUUUGAGGUUUCUUAUUUUUUAAAUGACAAACAACUGUAAAUUUCAAUCAGACAAACUAUUUAUAAGUCAAGUGAAAUGGGUGAAAUAUAGAGACAGGUAUUGAGAAGUAUCGAUUUUUUUUUGCAAUGUGCAAAUAAAGGGCGGCGCACGAAACUUAUUUUUUGUGUUAAAAGAAUUUUUAUGCUCACUUGAUUGAAGAGGGAAAAUCGGGAAAAUAAAAGACAUUGCCCUACUGUUGGAAUCCGAAAUUCUAAACAUUUCAUCCGAAUUCUAAACAC